AUGGGGUUCCUUGGGCAUUAUCUUGUGCAACAACUUGCCAAAACGAGAAGUCAGGUGUUAGUUCCUUUCGGUGGUUCUGAGGACUCCCAUCGUCACCUCAAGUUAAUGGGGGAUUUAGGACAGAUUGUACCAAUGAAAUACAAUCCACGAGAUGAAGAUUCAAUUAAGGCAGUCAUUGCAAAAGCAAACGUGGUUAUCAAUCUCAUUGGGAGGGAUAAUGAGACAAGAAACUUUAGCUUUGAGGAAGUGAAUCAUUCCAUGGUGCAACAACUGGCAACGAUUUCCAAAGAACAUGGAGUUAUCAUGAGAUUUAUUCAAGUUUCUUGCUUGGGGGCAUCUUCCUCGUCUCCCUCUAGAUUUCUAAGGACUAAAGCUGCUGCAGAGGAAGCUGUUUUAAGUGAAUUGCUUGAGGUGGCACAAGUGCAAGGCUUUCAGCAGGUCGUGGUCGAAAGUGAUUCGUUGAAGGUUAUUGCUGUUCUUAAUGGGACCUAUGCAGAUUCAUCGACUUUAGGUAUGAUUGCAGAGGAUGUAUAG